CAACUUCUUCCGACAGAUGUCCACUACGCCAAGUUUGAGCAACAUUCACCUUGUUUACUAUUAUUCUUUUUAACUAAAGGAAGAAACUACAGUGGUUCGCCAUUGAUACCAUUGGUAUUGAGGAAUAUAAAAAUGUUUCAUGUUUUAUUAUUUACAUGAAGGUUUAUAUAGAGAGCUGGGAAGAUUUGGUACUUUUGGGGACCCAGAUUUUGGGAUUGGGUAAACAGGAUAUAACAUCACGUCUUGAUGGCUGUGUGCGUCUUCAUCGCUGUCUUAACACUCGUGUACAUCACUACUGAACCUUACGCAUUCUGAGCUGCUGGGAAAGGAAGCCACAAUGAACGAUCCAAACAAAUCACUUCUUCUGACGGAUUUCUCUGAGUUUUACGACCAGGAAUUCAACUACAGCCUGAACACCUCCUACAUUAUAGAUGAGACGACCAUAGCAUGCCAGGUUUUCACCACAUCAUACACCCUCAACAUUGUGGUGUGCGUUUUAUUUGUGCAGAUCUUCCUCCUUGCCAUCCCUGGCAAUGUGAUUGUUGGGCUGGUGAUCCUCUCUAACCUGCGGUUUCUUUCUGCAUCUGACAUCUACCUGUUCCACCUGGUGAUCGCUGACAUGCUGAUGGCCCUCACCCUCCCCUUCUUCUCCACCUCUGUCGUGGCUGGAUGGAUCUUUGGUGACAUCAUGUGCAAGCUGGUCAAAUUAGUUAGUGAAGCCAACUUCUACACCAGCAUCCUCUUUUUGGUCUGCAUUAGUGUGGAUCGCUACAUGGUCAUCGUGAGAGCUAUGGAGGCCCGGAAGAGCCAAAGGAUCGUGUGUUCCUGGGCUGUUUGCAUCGUGGUCUGGAUUUUGGGUGUCCUACUUUCCCUCCCUGCCUUGUACAAUGAAGUCCAUUACAGGAAAGACCACGAAUUGCCGAGUUGCACUGAACUUUUCGAAUUAGACAACGCAGACGAAUGGAGGCUAGCAACUCGUGUACUGAGGCACCUUCUGGGCUUCCUGCUACCUCUGUGUGUCAUGCUGACGUGCUAUGGUGUGACGGUGGCCAGGCUGCUGCGUACGAGAGGUUUUCAGCGCCAGAGAGCCAUGAAAGUCAUUGCAGCUGUGAUGGUGGCUUUCUUAUUGUGCUGGACCCCCUUCAACGUGGCCACCAUGGUCGAUACACUUCUGAGAGCCAAUCUGAUGGAACCCAGUUGUGUAGCUCAAAAUGCCGUAAGCUUGGCCAUGUUUAUCACACAGAGCCUGGCGCUGCUGCACUGCUGUGUCAACCCGGUGCUGUAUGCCUUCGUGGGAGAAAAGUUCAGGACGAGGUUCUUCCACAUGAUUCACAAGACAUGGCCGAUAGAGCGUGGCACGCCAUCGAGGUCCACUAGGUCCACCUCGCAGACUUCGGAGGGUGUGUCCCACUUCCUCUGAACAACAGUUCUUGCAAGAUUUCACAGCAUGGACAUCACUGUCUAAAAAAAUUUCUAUUUAUUAGGAAAGGCUUGGAGCAGAACAACAUCAAGAAUAACAUAGCCUCGAGAGGCAGACUUGACUUAUCAUUAUCACUUCACCCUAUAGGCUACUAUAACUUCCAGAGUAACCUCAUAAUAUCCAGUUAAAAGUCUACAACAUAGUCAUCCAACAUACAGUCUAGCAACUUGUUUUGAGACAUUUUAGAUGCACCUUUUUUCAAAUUCACCAUGGUGCACAUGCAUUUCUGAUGUACGACUCCAUAAUCCCGCUUUCCCUCUCCCAAUUUUUGCAGUAUGUCUUACAGUAUAAAUGGUUCUGUAUAUCAUAGAUGAUAUAUCACACUGUCUGCACUUAUAUUUUACCUUUGUUUGUGGAAAUGUAUUAGAUUUAAUUCUGAUUAUCUGCUACCAAACAAAAUCUUGGUGGCCGCUAAGUAUGUUUAAGCUAGCCCAAUCUGGCAACCCUAUCAUUAACUGUUCUGUCCACUGCUUCUCCUCCGAUCAUGGGGCAGCGUGAUUUCUUCUCCAAUGGGUCUCUAUUAGCGCUCGUCACAGUUCCCAUUUUGACCACUAGGUGCAAUAAUAGCUCUAUGGAGAUAAAUGUGGCAGUGAGUGCACUGCCCUGCGAUUGGGCAUCUACAAAGGUGAGCAAAUCAAUGGAGCAUCAGCUUACAAUCUGCGAAAUAACAUUUUUUAAAGUGCUGGUCACUCAUAAGACGUAAUUAGUAUUGGAACAGAAUUUUAAAUGUAUGGAGUUAUGAAUGAGGACUUUCUGAAGAAGAACUUUUGUUCAACAGCUGAUAUACAUGCACACAGCUUACACACGGCUGAAAUAAACUUCAGUAGAGUUUAAUCCUGGAUUAUUUUUUUGUUUGGUCUAUAAUAUUUAUUCAUUAACCUAUGGAGAUCAGAGUCAUGGCAUAGAAGAGCUAUUUUUUAUUUCCCGAAUAACCGUUGUUAUUUAACCAUUGUUGAUGCCACAGAAAACUAAAAAUGCUUACCUUAUUGUACCAUCUUAUCUUACCAUUAUGUGGAAGGAUCUUUGUGGUGAAAAAUGGUUGUUUUGUGGCAGCUUUAUUUUGCAGUAUUUUGUCUUUGAACUUUGACAUUUUAUGGAAAUAAAAAAAAUGUACUGUUUUUUAAGAUUAAUUUUAUGUCUUGUUUCGAUUUCUGGAAUCCACUACUGUAUAUCUAAACUUGCCUCAGUGUGUUUCACAGACUCAAAUAAAUGACAUGAAUUUUGAAAAAA